AAAACCCUACCAAAACCCUUGAGGGCUCUUGUUUGUAUUAUUUGCAGAAGAAGAUCAAUAAACCCAAGCCUUCUUUUCAUCUUCAUUCUUCUUCUUCAACUUCGACUUCGACUUCGACUUCGACUUCGUCUUCGUCUUCGUCUUCUCUGCAAGCAAAACAAUGCCGUUGGGUGAGAGAGGAGGAUGGGACAAGAGCGAAUCCAGAUAUUGUGGAGUGGAGACUGACUUCGACAAUGACAUGCCGCAUCUUUUGUCCUACAAUCUCUCCACUGGUGGCUUCGAUUUCGUCGUUGCUACUCUGAUGGACCCUGCUUAUAGGCCAAGCUUGGUAGAAAGAGACGCUAGUGGUGGAUCAAAUGUUCUGCCAUUUGCUGCUUCUGACUUGGUUUUGAGCCCCUCCCAAUGGAGUAGUCAUGUUGUGGGAAAAAUUAGUUCGUGGAUUGACUUGGAUUCAGAAGAUGAGACCAUUCGGAUGGAUUCUGAAAUUACUUUGAAGCAAGAAAUAGCAUGGGCUAUGCAUUUGUCCUUACAGGCAUGCCUUCUUCCAUCGCCUAAGGGAACAUCCUGUGCUAAUUAUGCUAGGUGUGUGAAUCAGAUCUUGCAAGGCCUAAACAAUAUGCAGUUGUGGCUUAGGAUUCCGCUGGUAAAGACUGAUGAUGAUUCUAUGGACUCUAAUCAAUUGAUCGACUCCUGGGAACUCUGGAAUUCAUUUCGUCUUCUUUGUGAACAUCAUGGUCAGCUCUCAAUUGCCCUUAAUGUUCUGAGCUCACUACCUUCAGCAAACUCCCUUGGACGAUGGUUUGGAGAGCCUGUUAGAGCAGCCAUAAUAAAUACUGAUUCUUUCCUAACGAAUGCACGGGGUCAUCCAUGCCUUUCGAGGCGCCACCAGAAGCUCAUUACUGGAUUUUUUAACCAUUCUAUACAGAUAGUUAUUUCAGGACAAUCUGUACAUAGUCUUCCUGGGGGGAGCUUGGAUUCAGCUGCAAAUCAUACUGUUAAUAAUGUUGACAAUGCACAGAGACAUCCCCUAAGGCCAUAUUUGGACUAUGUUGCUUAUAUGUACCAGAGGAUGGAUCCCCUUCCUGAGCAAGAACGUUUUGAGCUUGGUUACAGGGAUUUUUUACAGUCUCCACUGCAACCUCUUAUGGACAAUCUAGAAGCUCAAACAUAUGAGACAUUUGAGAAAGAUGCAGUGAAAUACAUUCAGUACCAAAGGGCAAUCAGUAAAGCCUUACAGGACAGGAUUCCUGACGAAGAAGUGACUUCAUUAACCACUGUACUGAUGGUUGUAGGAGCAGGACGUGGACCUCUUGUUAGGGCAGCAUUGCAGGCAGCUGAAGAAACGGGAAGGAAACUGAAGGUUUAUGCUGUGGAGAAAAAUCCAAAUGCAGUUGUUACCCUUCAUAGUUUGGUUAGAAUUGAGGGGUGGGAGAAUGAGGUGAAUAUAGUUUCUUGUGACAUGCGUUUUUGGGAUGCUCCAGAGAAAGCUGAUAUCUUGGUUAGUGAGUUGCUUGGUUCUUUUGGUGACAAUGAGCUGUCUCCUGAGUGCCUAGAUGGAGCGCAAAGGUUUUUAAAAGAAGAUGGAAUAUCUAUACCAUCAUCGUACACAAGUUUCAUCCAACCAGUGACAGCUUCAAAGUUACACAAUGAUGUUAAGUCCCAUAAAGAUCUUGUGCAUUUUGAAACUGCUUAUGUUGUCAAAGUGCACAGUGUAGCAAGGCUUGCUCCUUCCCAGCCAGUCUUUACGUUUACUCAUCCGAAUUUCUCAACUGAGAAAAGCAAUCAACGAUACAAAAAGCUGAGGUUUGAACUACCUAGUGACACUGGGUCAGCCAUUGUACACGGGUUUGCUGGCUAUUUUGAUGCGACUCUCUACAAAGAUGUACAUCUCGGUAUUGAACCGUCAACGGCCACACCGAACAUGUUCAGUUGGUAA